UUGCCGCCGCAAAGCCGUGCGCGCGAACCAAGAAACUCUCCUCCUGGGGCCUCGGCCCCGGCCCCGGCGCCGGUACCGAGGGGCUGCACGAGGUGCGCACGAGGAGAGGGGGGAUUAGUCACUUUAGAACAUCACAUUGGCACGCGCAAGCCCCCGUUCAAGUGGGGCAACAACACCCACGUGCGUUUCCACGAUAGGAUAAAAAGUCCUUCGGGGAUCAAGGAAUACUCAGUUUUAAGCAAACCAUUAAGCGAGACGGCCAAGUAGAAGAGGAAGAACGACUCCUCGUGGCAGGCUCGAAGAAGCGGGAACCUGAGACUGAGACGCACGACUGAGUGCCGGCCGCCAGCAGAAGCCUGAAGAAUUCGCGGGGACGCUCUUUCGAGCCAACUCGCCGAACUUCGACUGGACGGAUCGUCACGGACAGGCGAUCGUUCGGCACGGCCGGUCAAGUUCUCUCGGCCGAAAGACUCUUGGAAUUUACGUCACACGUUAUACCGAGAGCGGCAGGGCCGUGGUCAAAAAUUGAGGAUCGCACGUUGCGUCAUCCCGCUUCUUCUUCUCGCCGCUGAGAGACAACGUUCUCGCUCUCUUUCUCUCUCUCUUUCUCUCUCUCUCUAUCUAUCUAUCUAUCUCUCUCUCUCUCUCUCUCUCUCUAUCUCUCUCUCUCUCUCUCUCUCUCUGCGCCGGCUGCGCGUCUCGACGGCUUCAAAGGCAACUCGAUAGUUCUCACUGUUCGGGAACGACCCACCUUAAUAGCCGAGGAAGCAGCCUCGACUCGUCGUCGAUAACUAAGGGCUCGGAGGAGGUGAGUCCCUUUGAAGUGGCUUCGUGCCGUAAUCGCCGAUCACCCAACGACCUCCCGCUUCUUUUCGUCGGGAGACGAACCGCGACAGAGAAAGAGAGAAGAGCCGACUUUCGAGCGUUCCUGUGGACAGACAAGAUCUCACAAUGAGUGUAACCGGCGUCGGACUGUGCCUGACUGUUCUUCUCACCUGUGUCAUCGUCGACAUGCUGGUCCAAGCCGCUAGCCUGAGGCGACAUCACAGUCAUCAUUCUCGACCGCAACAUGACGACUUUGAAGAACUGACAUCGUUGGGUUUAUCACCCAAACACUCAGAGAAGAGACAUGUCUAUCCAAGACAUCGCGAUAAUCCUCGGGAGAGGCGCGGCUACCUGCAGGAGUCCGGGGCGGGCUUGUUCCCAAGCUCGGACUACGAAGACGUGGAGGUGCAAGCGCCGCUGCUCCACCGGCGCCGGCACGUCUCUAGGAACUACCAAGGGGAUGAGUACGAGAGGCAGCACAGUGCCAGGAGGCUGCAUCACAGGCACCCUGCUCCCAGCAAUAGCUACCUGAGCGUGAACGAACGUCUGCGCCAGCUGAACGACCGUCAGGCCAACAGCCUGCCGGAUUUCUUCGAGCUCGAGGUCAGGCAGGCGCAGAACAGCACUGUCUGCAACUACACCGUCGUGCCGGUGCCGGACCCCAAGGGCUGCAGGACCCCCAAGAACCUCGAGCACAUUAUGUGCAAUCGGGCCGGCAGCAGCUGCUUCGACACCAACAGCCACUGCUGCAUACAGACAUACAAGAAGAUCGACGUGUCGUACGGCGACGGCACCAGCGACGUCAUAAAGCUCUACGUGGGGUGCGUGUGCGUCCGGCAGGAGCUACUGAUUGAGACCAAGUUACCCAUCGACAACUAACACCCGGGUGUGACCCGCUGGAGGACGCUGACGCGUUUCGACCGUGUUGAUGACGCGAUGGUGAUGGCAAUGACAUUGGUGGUAACGACUACUUUCGGCAGGGAAAGGGGAGAGUAGCGAUCGUCGUCUGGAGUUUUCUCCCUCGGUAUUCGCAGUCAGGUCUCGUGUUCCAAGUUCCUCUUCAGGUCCUCCGUAGCAUCCAACUAAAAUUUCAGACAUAAUUUCUACCGAUUACGGCUGCCACUUUGAAAUCGCCGCUGGGGACCAAGAGAAGUACGCGUACUAGCCGGGGACGUUCAUUUCUCGACGACCGCGUCGCGGAACAAACGGGGGAUGGUAUAUACACUUUGGCACUAGUCCCUCGCGCAGGACGAAUCCCGUGUCGCAUCAGGCACGGCGAUCAGUUGGCGCGCAGCGGACGUCUAGACGCCGUCUCGGCGAUUCGCGGCAGGUGUUGUUAUUGCCGGCGAAUAUAAUCGCGACUGCCGCUCCGUAAAUAAACGGAUAUUCUUCUGUGUUUUUAAUUGUCAUUUGCUCCCGCGCGUACGUAGGAACUCGUUUGAGGGUCGCGGCUUGUGACGCGCGUCUACUGGGAAUUUAACAGGUUUACCUGACGUUUGACGUUAGAAGGAUAGGAGUGUUGGUGCUACUUUACGUAGGAAUAGAUAAUAACUAUCGCAUGCCUAGGUAUUUUUAGAUUCUCUCACGUCCGUGUUGCUAAACAAUAUGAUAAGACGCGCAAUCGGCGAGCGAUCGUGCCAGGUAGUAGUGGUAGUGGUAGUAGUAGUGGCAGUCCGCUCGCGCGCUUCCACCGACGACAACACGUCCGAAUGUAAUUAUUUCUUCCGCCGCGCGUUCAUAUCACGUGCGUUUAAAUCGAUAAUCAUCGCGUCGGAAUGAAUCACGAGAGCGCGGCCGGCGCGUGGCCGCGUAUUGUCUAUUUAUUAUUAUGUAUUAUUUAUUUCUCCUACCGCAUCUGUAUACAUAAUUAUGCGCACGCGUAAUUAUACAUGCAGAUGCUCCGUCGUAUUUGUCAUCGUAUCGUCUGUAUUUAUUGCACUAUUUAUUACGCGCAUACGCUGCGCACCAUUCUGUCUACUCAUCUAUUUAUUUAUUUAUUUAUUUAUUUAUUUAUUUAUCUAUCCACCUGUGACGAGAGUAUCUCGUCUACGUACUUGCACAGAGCGCCUUCGUACUUUGCGAGAGAGUCGAGAGAGGCGGAGUAGUAACGCGAGUACGAAGAACUGCUGUCACGAUAAUCGCGGGAAACAGUCCGUGUUCGCGAGAUUUGCACAUGAUAAUUGGGUGAUAAUGUGACGAUGCCUGUGGUUCAUCGACCAAAAUGUAUUACGCCUGUGCAAUUUAGUAUUCCGCCACGAAGGAUCUCACAACUCGACAACUCGCGCGCGCGCGCGCGCGCAGUCGGUUCCUCGAAUCGGCCACACGUACGCGACGUAGAAAAGAUAAGAACAACAGUAUUAAUGCGAAGCAACGACACUAGGAUAUACAAAACUGUGAGAUCCCGAUGCCACAUCGAGCGCGAUAUUUUUUACUUCCAUAAGAGAUUGUACAGCUCUGCGGAGAG